AGUCUGACAAGGACUUGAGAGUUAAACAAACCAGCACCGGCAAAGCACACACAAACGCAGGGAGGAGAGGAGGAGAACAGCUAAACAGGAGCUAAAAUCACUACAGGAGACUUGAGAACUGCCAACGUGAAGACUGACCUCUGACCCCACUUCAAUCACCUACCUCUCAUAGUACCACUGUGUGCCUUAGAACUAUACAGUUUACUAUAUAUAUCCCUGUCUGCUCUGUCCCCUGAGGUGCCAUCCCAAAUACCUACGCAGUGAUGGAGACUUUGUUAGAAGUGGGGGACUACUGCCACCCUCGCCCCUGCUCUCCAGAGGGUGAAACUGUGUGCGCCGCCCUGUCCCGCUACGAAAACACACUACGAGACGCCAUCCGAGAGAUCCACGUUGAUGUGAGUGCCUUUAAAAUCGGUAUGGAACGACGCUUCGAAGAGACAUCCAAACUCAGCACGCCCCUGAGCAAAGCAGUGUCCCAGCUCCAGGAAGAGAACCAGCAACUUAAAACCCAGCUGGAGGCUUUGACCCAGCAAGUUGAACUGCUUAUGAGCAAGACAAUAGAGCAAAAUUUGGAUAUGAAACAUAACAGAAUCAAUAAUCACAGCCCAAAAUUAAACGGCAUACACGAGGAGACCCAUGAAGAAGUUAAAGAGAUAUUUUACGGGAAAGGCCAAGCUCAUAUCCAAGCAUCGGACAGCACCCCCAAGUCGUCCUCUCCCACCUCCAACAGCCCACCCAUAGGGUCCAGAGUGUCCUCUAUGGUCACUGGUCUUCUGUCCAGCAGCAGUCCAUCCACUACGAGAUUCUCAAGUCGGGCUACUUUUGCACUGUCCAGCAAAAAUAGUAGUGAUCGAGAGGAGCCCAUUGAAGUGGACCCAGUCUCGACCAAUGGCAGCCUGGAGAAUGGGCACGCUCAUACAACAGAUCACUUAAUGGCAGUGAAUGGAAAGCUGUCCCCUCCCACUGACCUGCCCUUGCACACAGCACCCUCUGCAGUUCGGAUGCCUCACAUGCCCAUUACAGCCACCACAAAGACUGCAGAGAUCAGAGCUCUGGGAUCUCCCAUCAGCCCCUGCGCCGCUCAGUCUCUAGCAUCAGACAGUCCUCCUCUCAGCCAAUCACCCAACGACAACCACCUCUCACCUGUUGAGUCCCCAGUCUCCUCAGUGAAAACAUGGAUCCCAGCUCCAGUCCGAACUCUGGGAUCUCCUCGGCUUCAGGAAAAGAGUUCUGCUCCACCAAAGUGUGUCACACACUCUGGACUUCCACAACAGGACAGAGACAGUGAUGUGAUCAGUGAGCGGCCAGGGGGAGAGAGGAGGAGGGAGCUAGUCCGGUCUCAGACUCUGCCCAGAAACAUUGGUGCUCAGGCUCGACGCUCCAUCUUUGAGAAACUGGAUUCAGAAGCGAAUAACAACAGGGGCCCCAAAGUCGUGGAUUCAAAGCCCAAACUGAAGCGUUCACAGAGUUUUGGAGUGUCCAGUGCCAGCAGCAUCAAACAGGUGCUGCUUGAAUGGUGCCGCUCCAAGACCAUCGGAUACCAGAACAUUGACAUCCAGAACUUCUCGUCCAGUUGGAGUGAUGGCAUGGCCUUCUGUGCUCUUGUCCACUCUUUCUUCCCGACACAGUUUGACUACACAGCCCUGUCUCCUGCCAACAGAAAACACAACUUUGAACUGGCCUUUGGGACAGCAGAAGCUAAGGCUGGUUGUGACCGUCUGAUCGAAGUGGACGACAUGAUGAUAAUGGGCCGUAAACCUGACCCCAUGUGUGUCUUCACCUACGUCCAGUCCCUCUACAACCACCUGCGCAAGUUUGAGUGAAUCUCUUCCAUCCAAAAAUACAUUACCACAAACAUAGAAGGAGAGAGAGAGUUCAAGCAUAGAUGCUCCAUUAAAUGCAAUACUGCCUUCUGGUGGCGAUUUAGUACGCUUACAGGCACUGACAAUUUGUGUACUUUUGAAAUAAGGGUGGGAGAUACUGCAAAAAAUAUCAUGACAAUCAUUUAGGAUACAGAUUAUGAUUUCUAUUUUAUCACGAUUCAUGUACACUUCUUUGUAUUUUUCUGUUGACAUUAAAUAAAGUCCCUUGUUUCUUGUGAAAGUUCACACCUCGCUGUUAUUGGUUAAAUCCAGCUGUCACUCACUCAGAACCUUAUCAAGACUAAUAAUGGACUGUAACAAUGUGACCACAAUGGCAAAUCGCCAGAAGGACAUGUUUUGAUUUUUAUCACCAUAUCACUCAGCCUUAUGCUGAUGUAGGCAAAAAUACAUGUUUUUGAUGUGUUUGCUACCUUGGCUUUGUACCGUUACCCACACAGAUCUGUUAGCUAGUUACUGAAGUAAAUAAAAAGGGGUUGUGGCAAUUGGUACAUCUGCAUAUACACUGUCAACUGUGUUUUUGUUUUUUUUUUUAAAUUUAAUCAAGAGAGUCCUAUUGAGAUAAGACCGGAACUCCAUUAUGAAACUAUUCAUUUUUUUGUGCAUUGGGUGUUCAAAACAGCACAAGGCGUUUAAGUUUGAUGUAGUAUUGUUAUUGUUACUGAGGAUGAGUGUUAUUUGUGUGUGGAAGUUUAAUGGCUUAUACCAUGUAUGAGUCUACAUUGAGUAAAACUACAGUUUGUCAUUCUUAUGUUGUUUUAUUAUAGCUUUCAUCAUCACCGGUAUAAAUAAACAGUCACUGGUAGACUAUGUAUGUACUAAAAAUGCUGAUGUAAAAAUAGGCUAAAUAUGGUGUGACACGAGCAGCUUUUAAAUAAAAAAAGAUGUCUCAACAAUUU